UGUCUCAUAAUUCUAUUUCCGCCCUUCAAAUAUUUAUCGCCCUCUCCUCUCGUGCGUUCGGCAUUUUGGAAAUCGGAACGAACAAACAGAGACAGUCGAGCCUGCUUUUCGAAGAUCAACUCCCAUCUCUAUCUCCAUCACCGACUUCCGAGAAGCUUCCAAUCUGCAUCAGCUUCCCCUUCUUUCAAAUGGCUAAGAGCGAUGAAAGUUGCUCUGUUCAGCUUAUAGAUGGAGAUGGUGGAUUCAACGUCGAGGGAAUUGACAACUUCAUCAAAGAUGUGAAAUUGGGGGAAUGUGGACUUUCAUAUGCAGUAGUGUCCAUUAUGGGCCCUCAAAGUAGUGGGAAGAGUACGCUGCUAAAUAAUUUGUUUGGAACCAACUUUAGAGAGAUGGAUGCUUUUAAAGGGAGGUCUCAAACAACUAAGGGUAUAUGGUUGGCUAGAUGUGCUGGCAUUGAGCCUUGUACACUUGUAAUGGAUUUGGAAGGAACUGAUGGAAGAGAGCGAGGAGAGGAUGACACUGCAUUUGAGAAACAAAGUGCCCUCUUUGCGCUUGCUGUGUCAGAUAUAGUGCUAAUAAACAUGUGGUGUCAUGAUAUUGGCCGUGAGCAGGCUGCAAAUAAGCCUCUCCUGAAGACUGUAUUUCAGGUCAUGAUGAGAUUGUUCAGUCCGCGUAAAACAACACUAAUGUUUGUCAUUCGUGAUAAAACAAGGACACCAUUGGAAAAUUUAGAGCCUGUUCUUAGAGAGGAUGUACAAAAGAUAUGGGACUCUGUUCCUAAGCCACAGGCUCACAAGGAUACUCCACUAAGCGAAUUUUUUAAUGUUGAAGUUGUUGCUUUAUCUAGUUAUGAAGAAAAGGAAGAGCAAUUCAAGGAGCAGGUGGCAAAUUUGAGGCAGAGAUUCUUCCAUUCUAUUGCCCCAGGAGGGCUUGCUGGAGAUCGCAGGGGAGUUGUUCCUGCUUCAGGUUUUUCUUUUAGUGCUCAGCAAAUCUGGAAAGUUAUUAAGGAGAACAAGGAUCUUGACCUUCCAGCACAUAAGGUUAUGGUGGCUACUGUUCGCUGUGAAGAAAUUGGCAAUGAGAAGUUUGCAUGGUUUGCAUCAAAUGAGGACUGGUUGAAUUUGGAAGAAGAAGUACAAACUGGUCCAGUUCAAGGUUUUGGAAAGAAGCUAAGUUCGAUCAUUGAUACUUGUUUAUCGGAGUAUGAUGCAGAAGCAACAUUUUUUGACGAAGGUGUGAGAUCUGCAAAGAGAGCACAACUUGAAGAAAAAUUGUUGCAACUUGUUCAAUCAGCCUUCCAAUCUCUGCUGGGACACAUAAGGUCUGGGACAUUUGAUAAGUUCAAGGAGGCAUUUGACAAAGCUUUGAAUGAAGGGGAAGGGUUUUCUUCGGCUGCCUCUAAUUGUGCUCAAACCUACAUGGCUAUUUUUGACAAAGAAUGUGCUGGUGCUAUCAUUGAGCAAGCAAACUGGGACACUUCUAGAAUAAGGGAUAAACUUCGACGUGAUAUUGAUGCCCACAUUGCAACUGUUCGUGCUGACAAAUUAUCUGAACUUUCUGCACAAUUAGAGAAAAAACUGAAGGAAGCAUUGUCAGGACCGGUAGAAGCUUUGCUAGAUGGAGCUAAUAAUGAGACAUGGCCAGCCAUAAGAAAACUUCUUCAACGAGAGACUGAGUCUGCCAUCUCUGAGCUGUCUAAAGGAUUGGUGGGCUAUGAUAUGGAUGAAAAAACCAAGGAAAACCUGUUUACCAGUCUUAAGGAUUAUGCUAGAGGUGUAGUUGAAUCAAAAACUAGAGAAGAAGCUGGAAGGGUCCUGAUUCGUAUGAAGGAUAGGUUUUCCACAUUGUUUAGCCAUGAUGCAGAUUCAAUGCCACGUGUUUGGACAGGGAAGGAAGAUAUCCGGGCAAUCACCAAAACCGCUCGUUCUGCUUCCUUGAAGCUACUCUCUGUUAUGGCUGCUCUUCGUUUGGAUGAUGAUGAUUCUGGUGAGAUAGACAGUACUUUGUCAUCUUCCUUGCUGAAUGUUCCAAACAGUAGCAAUACAAAAGAUAGGAGCAUUGUGGCAACUGACCCUCUUGCCUCAAGCUCAUGGGAAAAGGUUUCACCAUCACAAACGUUGAUUAGUCCCGUUCAGUGCAAAUCUAUAUGGAGGCAAUUCAAGGCGGAGACAGAGUACACUGUUUCUCAGGCCAUUGCUGCACAGGAAGCCAGCAAACGCAAUAACAACUGGUUGCCCCCGCCAUGGGCAAUUGUUGCGAUGGUGAUUCUCGGGUUUAAUGAAUUUAUGACGCUUCUAAGAAAUCCUUUAUAUUUGGGAGUCAUUUUUAUCUUCUAUUUACUCGCCAAAGCCCUAUGGGUGCAGCUAGAUGUUUCUGGGCAAUUUAGCAAUGGUCUUCUUCCGGGACUUCUUUCUUUGUCUUCUACAUUCGUGCCUACUGUCAUGAAUCUUCUUAAAAAAUUAGCAGAAGAAGGACAAGCACCACAAAGGCCUGCAACUACUGAUCCUCAGAGCAACCCCGCUUUAACAUCAAAAAGUUUUAGAAACAGCUCCAGCAACGAUUUGACAUCGACGGCAUCAUCAGCAGUGACCGGGACAGAGACCGGAGGUGAGUACUCCAGUCGCUCAAAAGAAGAGUAGGCUGAAGGAAAGGAGGUAAUUAUGGAUUAAUUUCUCCUUUUCUGAAGAUCCUUGGUUUCUUCGAUCGACCCUUUGCCGUCACCAAAUAUAUAAUUCAUGUUUGUUAACUAUUGGAAGAAUGAAUGUAAGAGCAAAGGCUGAAGUUCAGGCUUUAAUUUUUGUGCUGAGAACCUCAAAGCUGUGGUUUGGGGUUUGAUAACGGAAACCCCUUAUAAUGGGUUUCCAUAUAUCAGUAUAGGUGUUCACUUCAUUCUCUGACCCCUUUUGGGUUUGAAUAGACUAAGAAUGAUUCUUCUUUUUCCUAUAUUAUUGUUUGAUUAUCUGCUCUUUUUGCCUUUGAUUUUGUCUUAUGAAAGUUGUAACAUUUGAUUGUGAGUAUAUCUUUUAUCUUUAAUUUAUAGUCUUGACGCUUUCCUCUCUUCAA